AUGGGGUAUUACAAGAAUCUUGAGGUUUUUGUUAUUAUUUAUCCUACUUUUGAACCAGGUCCACGUACGAGGCGUCCCAAAAAGCCUCCUGGGGAAGGAUGCUCAUCUGAUGAGAAGAGACCAAGAACAGCCUUCUCUGGUCCACAACUUGCUAGACUUAAGCACGAGUUCGCCGAGAACCGCUACCUGACUGAGAGGAGGAGGCAGGCCCUGGCUGCGGAGCUGGGCCUGGCUGAGGCGCAGAUCAAGAUCUGGUUCCAGAACAAGCGGGCCAAGAUCAAGAAGGCCUCGGGCCAGAGGAACCCGCUCGCGCUGCAGCUCAUGGCGCAGGGGUUGUACAACCACAGCACUAUACCUCUGACGAAGGAGGAAGAGGAACUUGAGAUGAAAGCACGGGAAAGGGAGCAGAGGAAUUGA